UGUGCGCUGCAGGACGAAAUAUGUACCGAAAUAUGACGACGACUACUACCUCACUGCAACGCAUUUGGAUCAGUAACACAACACACAGACGAGCAAAUAAUAGAACAGAAAAGGGGGGAUUAGGACUGUUAAAGCUGUGUGAUGUACAAAAGAGAGAGAGAAAAAAAAAAAAAAAAAAAAAAAAAGCUUAAACAUGUCCCACAGCGCGUUGCUCAACAGUCCGUGGAGAUUUUGGCCGAGAGGUCCUGGAUCCGCCGGGCGCUGCAGCCCUUGCACAGGAUGUGGCCAUCCAGCGGGUAGCAGCCACGACCUUCGCCCUCGGAGGACAGCAGCAGGCUGCAUUCCUGGUCAAGACGAGAUUACGGUCAGCCCCACGCCAAACCAACGCUUCGGGUGUGUUGACAGCAUGUUCUUCCGUUUUAUUCGUCUGGCCGCUCAUUAUUCUCGGGGGACUUUAACAAAGCUAAACUCGACCAGGAACUCCCUAAAUACAAGCAGCACGUCGACUCUUCCCACCAGUGAAAAUAACAUUUUGGACCACUGCUCGACUACGAAGAAAAAAAAAAAAAAAAAAAAAAACGCACACCGUGCCAAACUUCGUGCAGCCCUGGCCUCGUCUGAACACUGCUUCAUUCAUUUAAUACCGACGUACAGACAAGAACUUAAAUGCGCGAAGCCGAUAGUGAAAAAAGUGGACCAAUGUAGCGGAGAUGGAACUUCAAAGUUGUCUUUGAAAAUUCAGCUGGCAGCCCGGAUGAAUACGCGGACGCUGUCGGCAUCCUUUAUCGGUGACCGUCCUCUCUCCGCUGCACUUCUCUCUCGACACGAACGACUGCACCUCAGCGCACCCGGCUGUCAAACUCCUGAAGUUUGCAGAUGACGCCGCUGUCAUCGGCCUCAUCAAGGACGGUGACGAGUCCGCAUAGCGACAGGAAGCGGUGCGGCCGACGCAACCUGGAGCCGAACACGCUCGAGACUGCAGAGAAGAUCGUGGACUUCAGGAGGAUGGUCGGACUUGCACUCCUCAUCCCGGUCACCGGCUCUUCCGGCUCCUUCCCUCAGAGGCACACAAUGGCGGCGGGAGCGGAAGGACCCGGGAUGUCCGCCGGCUACGUGAAGGAGUUCACCCGCCACUGCAGCGACGUGCUGCUCAACCUCAACGAGCUGCGGCACCGCGCCAUCUUGACGGACGCCACCCUGGCGGUGGGCGACGAGCGCCUACGGGCUCACUCGGCCGUGCUGGUGGCCUGCAGCGGGUUCUUCUAUUCGCUUUACACGCGGCACACGCAGCACAUGACCGUGUCCCUCCCCAGCCACCUGGAGCCCACCAGCGUCUCCCUCCUGCUCGACUUCAUGUACACGUCCCGCCUGCCCCUGACGCCCGCCACCGCCCCCGGCGUGCUCGCCGCGGCGGCCCACCUGCAGAUGGACCACGUGGCGGAUACCUGCCGGGAAUUCAUGCGGCUGCACUGCCGGGAAAACAUGAGCAUGAGACACCCCCAAUUGGAGCUGGACCCCAGGGUGUCUGUAGCCUCUGUGGCCCCUCAAGGUGGAGAUCUGCCUCAUCCUGGACCACAAGCAGCAGGGACAGUCAGGGUCCCAGGGGAGGCCGAGGGGAAGCCCGGUUCGGAAGAGCUGAAAAAGGAGCCCGACUCGCCCCCUCCGUCUCCCGACAGUCCCGCGCGCUCCAGCUGCCAGCCCAGCUCCCCCGCGGAGUCCGAAACCUGCAACAAAAAUCUUGCGUGCGACACCAGAGCCACACUGGACCCAAAAUUGUGCAACUGGAAAAAAUACAAGUUCAUCGUCCUCAACCCUCUCUGCGCUGGGACCUCAGCGAAAGAGGAGCCGCGACGCCACGCGCUGGCCGUGACAAAGGCGUGGCCUGGAGAAGUGCCCGGUCAGAUUGAUAGACAGGGGCGGGCCUCCUGCUACGAGGGUUCUGGCCGAGCCCCUCCCCUCGGGCCACCCGCCUCCGUGGAAGAGGGAACAGCCGCCACUCACUACCGCCGUCAGGCCGUCAAGAAAGAGAGCUCCUCUAUGCCUUGCGGUUCCCCGGGCAACGCUGGAGGCAAAACCGUCCCUUCGGGCGACAAGCCGUACCGCUGCAACGUGUGCGGCGCCCAGUUCAACCGGCCCGCCAACCUCAAGACGCACGCCCGCAUCCACUCGGGCGAGAAGCCGUACCGCUGCGACACCUGCGGCGCGCGAUUCGUACAGGUCGCGCACCUCCGAGCGCACGUCCUGAUCCACACGGGGGAGAAGCCGUACCCCUGUCACACGUGCGGCACCCGCUUCCGCCACCUGCAGACCCUCAAGAGCCACCUGCGCAUCCACACCGGCGAAAAGCCUUACUCGUGCGAAAAGUGUGACCUGCGUUUCCGCCACAAGAGCCAACUGCGCCUUCACCUGCGGCAGAAGCACGGCGCCGUGACCAACACCAAGGUCCGCUACAGGGUCCUGAGCGAGCCCUACCCGCCCGUUCUGCAGGCCUGCUGAAAGAAAAGCUGACAAUCCUGAAAUUUCACCCAAAAGUCCCACAUUCGCUUUUUAAGAGUAGCGCGUUUAGCAAAAGCCGUUGUUGGUCCUGAAAGGAGGUUUUAGCCGCAUGUAAAAAGCAGUAGCACACACCGAGCAUCGCAUUUGAGGAGACGAGGUCGGGAAAAAGUUGGAUUAUAAUGUUACAGGAAGUGUUUUUGUGGGUUUGUGAAGAGUUUGCGAGCAAGUGCCGAGACCGGGGAAAGGAGCAAAAGGGAGGUUUUGUGUGAGCCUGAGUACGUACAGUGGACCCUCGCCAUUCGCCAACGAAACUACUUGCAACAGGUUCUGUAGAACAUGCCGUAGCUAAAACGAUUCCGUGGUCUGGAGUAUAGUUAGAGUUGAAACUAUGAAUAUAGGCAGUGAUAAGGGGGUGGCCCGGUGUUUGCGAAUCUUUCGCUGUUCGCAUCGGUUCCUCACGAAUAGCGAGGGUUCACCGCAAACGGUUUGAAGGAAGUCUGAACAGUGUCGAUAUGAGAACCGAUCGAGUUAAAAAGCACUUCGAAUCGGGAUUGCGUCGUCUGUUGCUUGCACAUUUGUAUUUAAACUGCACGCGUCUGAGGCCUGGCGCCCUUGCGUGUAUUCUUUGAAAUAAUUUAUGCAGCGAUACCGACUCCGGUGAAGUCCAAGCGGGCAAAGGACUUUAAUGGGCAUAUAACUGUCGAAAUGUUAAACUAUUGUUUAGAAACAAUCAGGAAAUGGAUGGUUUAUUUGCUGGACAAAGAUGAUUUGUGUCAUUUGAAUUAAAUUGGAGCCUUGA